AUGACUGCGGACAUAUGGAAGAAGAGGACUUUGCCGUCACUCAAGACGGCGCAGCCCCCGGCACAGCAGUACGAGCCGCUGGUGGAACAAGCCGACCUGGUCGAGGCCAAGGCCCCCAGAAUUCUCACCAGAGCGCUGCGGUCCUUAAGCAGCUCCUCGCUCGAUUCCAUCAACAAUGGCGGCCCAAGGCGAUCAAGCUCGACGCGCAGGCUCCAGAAAGUGCCAUCUAGUUCCAGUACCAUGUUGGAUAGGCUGCAUCGCCGGGUGUCGAGAGACUCAUCCAUACCGGCCUCGCCUGCGGACAUGCCCGGAAGUCCGAUAGAUCACUCCUUCUCGUCCAUGGAGAUCAUCAAAUGCGGGCCGCUCAAAACUGACGUUUCCUUGCUGAAGGCGCGCACAGAAUACCUCAUUCUGACGGACCACUGCUUGGUCAAAGUCGGCAGCGUUGAGGCUGCGCGAGGCGUUUUCCCGCAGCUAGCACAAUCCGAGGCCUAUGAGUCGCAGUCGGAUGCUCGAUCCGCCUUGACAGCCAAAUCAGCAGUUUCGGAGAUUCGAUUCGAGGUGCCUCUACACUCGCUCGUCGCAGCUUUCGUGGAGGAGGGAGCGAGCCCACGUUUUGGCCUCGAGCUGUGGUGGUUCUCGCCUUGUCCACGCUUGGCUUAUUGCAAGGCUCACCUGUUUUUCUCCACGCCCAAGGAGAGGAACGACUGGCUCGGAUCGAUUCACAACAUGUGCAGGGUGCGACAUCGUCAAUCGAAUGCGCACGCCGUGGUGUCAGACAACUUGAGGAUUCGCAUUGACCACAUUGUGGCUCACCACGAGACACCGUUCGCCGAUGGACCAUCAAAGAAUCUAAUUUUCCCCGUCGCGAAGCGAAUUGUCGGCACCGCCCAGAAGCCCCACGCUGCCGAGGACAGCCAGCAGCACGUAGACGGAUCAUCAUUUUACUUUGUUAUUGGGCCCUACAUGUGUUAUCUUAUCGAAGUGUUGAAAGCAGAUUAUGGCACGCCUGCUGGAGAGCUCCGCGUCAAAUCUAGCCAUUUCGGCACGGUUACUAUGGCUGGAUUCCGGGCCUCUGUGGCCUCGCACGAACAGAGGUUCUUGAUGAGCUUUCGAUCACCAUUCGGACGGGAGGCACGUCUUGACCUUGCGAGUGUUCAUUACAGGCGAAUCAUCGAAGCAUUGCUGCGCGUCGAUCGCAUUCUCAAGCCCAUGUGGCCUCAGCACUUCCAACAAAGCAUUUUCGACAUCAAGGGGCUACCGCCACCUCUCCAAUUGACAUCGGGCAACGACUUGGGAGGGAUCGAGCGCAGCCUCCAGGCCUAUUGUGCGGCGUUCCACACAAGUAUGCCACAUUGGACAGUUGAAUGGUACACAUCCUCGCAGCCUGUCUUCCGGCUGAUACAGUCGGAAAGCUCGCCGUACUCCCCAGCGCAACUCAUGGCUGUCUUUCGUGCACUGCGAUACAACAGCUUCUUCAAGGGAAUCUCCUUUCGGGAUGUAGACUUGUCGCCUCUUGCCGCCAGGAAGGACUAUUCGCCCUACGGUGAAGGGGUUGUCUACACCUCUCUCAACGGCUGCAAGAUAACGAAAGAACACUAUGAUGAUCUGAUCGACUCACCCGUGUUGACUCAAGAAUUUCAUGCGCUGCUGUUUGCAUCCGAAUCGAUUCGCUGCAUCGACCUCACCAACUGUCUUGGCAUCCGGGAUAAACGAUCGUCCCAGGCGCGCGUAUCCGUAGAUUAUGCAAGCUGCCGACGGACUAGCUCCGAGAUUGUACGUCCGAUCCUGGCUCUGGCGCGUGCAGAGCUCUGCACGUGCCACAGCAUUACCAUGUCAGGCAACCCAUUGUUAGCUAGCGAUCUUGACGAGCUUGCCAAUCUGCUCGUCCUCGAUCACGUCCACUUCAGGAAACUAGAGCUCGCGGGAUGCAGUCUAGGAGAUGCGGGUCUGUCCAAGCUCGCUGCUGGAUUAGCGGGGCAGAUGGACUCACUUCAGGUUCUGGAUAUUUCCGACAAUCAGGGCGUUGUCAAGUCGGACGUUCUUCGACAUAGCCUCAACCAACUUCGAGCACUCAGGAAGCUAAAUAUCGCGAGCAGCACGCGCCUUGACAGUCGGUACCCCAUUGUCGAUGAGGCGGCUAUCCAUAAUUGGUCAUUGACCGAACUGGACCUGUCAUGCAUAGCGCUCAAUGAGGCCACAGUGGAUGUCUUGGCAGGCUAUCUACAGACGGCCAGGUCUCAGUCAAUGCAGACAUUGCGUCUGAACAAGUGCGGGCUCACUGGACGGCAGCUCGCGAGAAUUCUGCGGUCCAUGGGUCAGGCUCGCAAGGUGACCGUCCAUGCCAACGGCAAUCGCCUCGAUGAAGGAAUUGAUGACUUGUGCGGGGCCAUCGCAUGUGGCUUUGCCCCCUGGAGCUUGUUUUUGCAAAUGGUGGAGUUCAACCACGAGAUCAGCUACACGAAGCUGUGGAAGGCACUUAGAGUCAACAAGACCAUCGAAUGCCUCAGUCUGGCCGGGUCAUCGACGCCGGACGCAGCCAGCGCUGAGGCGUGCCAGGCAGUGUCCGAUUUCUUUGUCAACAAUGACACUGUACGCUUUCUGGACAUAUCUGGCUACGAUGCCAAGCUUGACGAAGGGAGACUGGGCAAAGAAUUCUCACGUGCCUUGAUCGGCAUGCGUUCCAACAGGCGGAUCGAGCACCUGCGUGUGCGCAGCCAGAUGCUCAACGUCAAUAUUGGCGAUCUCGCCGAGGCUGUUGGGGGGAAUGACACGCUUCACACUCUGGACUGUGAAGACAAUGACUUCAAUCUUUCCAACUUCCGCCACCUCGUCAAGUACCUGGAGUCAAACACGGUCAUUCGACACUUCUCGGCGUUUUCGCCUCAGGAGCUCGACCGGUCCAUGCGCAGGGUUGCCUCUAGCGUGAGCAUCACGACGCCAAAACGGCGCUCAUCUGUGGUUUCGAGGUUCCGGCAUGACAAGGGACCGGCUCCAUCGGGCGACAAGGCUCUCGUCCAACAGCUCAAAGACCAAUGGGAGACGGUGAUUGCAGAGUUGGAACAGAUUCUCCAGAGGAACAAUCGACUGUAUGAAGAAAGCAAAUGUUCAGACGAUGAGGUCGAGUCCCAGACUGCUGCUGCAACGGACGGAACUUUCUGGGCCUCGUUCGGAGGGCUUGCCAUCAAGGAACACGAGUCCCGACGAAGCAACAGUUUAUCCAAACAAGGGUCGCCGAGUCCCAAAUACGCCCCAGAGAGCCCCCGUGGCGCACACCAUCUUGGGGCGCUCCGGCGCUCCGACUCUGCUGCCUCGAGCGCAGCCGUAAGUCCGACCAGCAUUGGUGAUGGCAGUUUCAGCACGCCUGACCAGACACCUCCCGAGGCGGAGAGCCCUCGCGGAGGCUCAUUUGCUUCUAUCCCAGAAGCGCCCUUUCACGACACUGAUGGCAAUUACACGUACUUUGACGCGCAGGCCACAGACCAAGGCUUGCACAUGAAGGCCCACAGGCGGGCGUGGAAGGAGACGGUAGGGUGCAUUAAAGAGGAGGACCCCAGUGAAAGCUAUCGUCAUCUGGCAACGUUGUCGACUUGCAUCUCCAGUCCUCCAUACUGGGCACGCUCAUACAGUCAGACAGCCCAACCCAUUCGCAUAUCUGCAGACUCGUCUUGCAUCGGGAGAACGACGGCUGAUUGGAAUCGACCUUUGAUCGAUCCUCAAUUCAGUCGCUGGACGGACUCCCGCGGUUCCAUCGCGACCAAGGGCUCCGACGUCCCUGACGACAUUGCCGGCGCCAUGUAUUCGAACUCGAACGCCUUCCUCGGAGGUGGCGGCCAGCGUCCUGGUGCCCAGCAGCAACAGUAUGGCGGCGCCUUUGGGGCCACACAGCAGCCUGGGCAGCAGCAACCGAGCCCCUUUGCGCCGCAGCCCACAGGCUUUGGCCAGCAACAGCCGCUGCAGCAGCAGUACACCGGAUUCCCUAUGCAAGCGCAGCAGACUGGCUUGCCUCAGCAGCAGCCGCUCCAACAGCAGUACACUGGCUUCCCGGGCCAGCAGCCCCAGCCUCAGCAGAGCUUCCAGACGGGCGCGCCUCCCAUGCCCUCGAUCCCUCCGCAGUUCCAGUCGCAGUUCCAGCAACAGCAACAGGGUCAACAGCCUCCGCAGCAAAGCUCCCCCUUCCAGAGCCAACCGCCGCAGCAGACUGGUUACUCGACCUCGCCUCAGCCGGCGAGCGGGCCUUCGCAGCCUCCCCCGCCGCCAAUGAAGCCUCAGGCUACUGGCUUCAACGAAAUGGCCGCUUCGUUCCAGACCGGCGGCACGCCCAAGCCAGCGGGGCGCCGAGGCGAAACCAAGCCGAAGCCAAAUAAGAUCCCCAACAUCAGGUUGUCAUUCAUUACGGCCCCUGAUCAGGCCAAGUUCGAGACCUUGUUCGCUUCCGCCGUGGGCGAAUCGACAAUGACCAUGUCGGGUGAGAAGGCGCGUGAUCUUCUGAUGCGAUCGCGUCUGGAUGGAGAUUCUCUCUCGCAUAUCUGGACCCUCGCCGAUACCACCAGGGCUGGUCAGCUCUACUUUCCCGAAUUCGCGCUCGCCAUGUAUCUUUGCAACCUGAAGCUUACGGGCAAGUCCCUGCCCCCAACCCUACCCGAAAACAUCAAGAACGAGGUUUCGAGCAUGGUGGACAUUAUCAGCUUCAGCGUUGCAGAAGACGCGCCAUCUUCUGCGCCAAGCGCAUCGACCCCCAGCGCUCAGCAGCAGCAGCCGGCGCAGCCGUCCAACUCUCAGAUCCUGACAUCGCAAAUGACAGGGUUCCCAGGGCAGCAGCCUACCCAAGGUCUUCAGUCUCAGCAGACAGGCUUCCCUGGCCAGCAAGGCUUGCAAGCCCAGCAGACCGGCUUUCCCGGCCAACAAGGCCUGCAGGCUCAGCAGACUGGCUUUCCUGGUGCCCAGAACCCCCAGGCUACUGGAUAUUCCGGGCCUCGCCCUCCUAUGCCUCCUAUGCCUACUGGCUACAACCAGCCGGUUGCCCCUCUGAACGCCCAGCCCACGGGUCGACCUGGUCAAUGGGGUCUUGUCAAUGCGCCCGACAGUGGUCUGCCGAACAUUGACGCCUUGCAGGCACGCAUGAUGCCUCAGCAGGGACGGGAGGCAGGCAACUUCACUACGCAGGGCUUGCAGGGCAAUGCAGUGAUUCCCUGGGGCAUCACCAAAGAAGAGAAGACUCGCUACGACUCCCUAUUCCGAGCUUGGGACGGUUUGGGCAAGGGCUACAUUGGUGGCGAUCAAGCCAUUGAGAUCAUGGGUCAAAGUGGACUCGAGAAGCCUGACCUGGAGCGUGUGUGGACUCUGGCUGAUCACGGCAACAAGGGUCGCUUGAAUCUCGAUGAGUUCGCGGUAGCCAUGCAUUUGAUUUACCGCAAGCUCAACGGAUACCCACUGCCCAACUCGCUCCCUCCCGAGCUUGUGCCACCCUCUACGCGCAACUUCAGCCAGUCCAUCGGUACUGUCAAGUCCAUGCUCAGCAGGGAGUCGGAUGACCGCAAGAACUCUGGAGCGGCCCUCUUGCCCCAGAAGACUGGUGUCAGCUACAUGAAGAACCGGUCGUUCCGCGGAGGUGCCAAUGUGGGAGCUGCUGGUCGCAAGGAUGCGACUGUCUUCCGCAACAACGACGAGGAGUUUGGUUACAAGUCAAGCGCACGUCGCAGGGUCGGCAACGAUUCGCCUCGACCAAGCUCACCUGGCUCUGUUGACUCCAGCGACGACCUGACUCUGGACCAGCUGAGGAAGAAAAUCCGCGAGAAGCAGGUGCUGCUUGAUGCGAUGGAUUUCAAGGACGAAAAGCACGCCGAGGAAGAUGACAUUCUCGAUCGCCGCGAUCGUGCCGAAGCGGAGGAGCUGUAUCGCAGGAUCCGCCGAAUCCAAGGAGACAUUGACGCCCAUCCCGAUGCUUCGCCGUCCUCCGGUGAUUCUGAGGCCGAGAGGCGUGCUAUGAAGCGUCAGCUCCAGAAUCUGACGGACAAAAUCCCUCAGUUGGCUUCCCAGGUUCGCAAGACCGAGAAGGCAAUUCAAGAGGCCAAGCUGGAGCUGUUCCGCCUCCGUGAUGCCAAGGCCAACCCCGGCAGCGCAGCCUCGAUUGUUGGCACUGGCCCUGGCGGUGUCGUGACCGAAUCCGACCGCCUCAAGGCCCGCGCUAAGGCCAUGAUGCAGCAGCGGACUGCUGCUUUGACAGGAAAGAAGAUCGACAACCCCGUCGAAAGUGAUGACGCUGCCUCGAAGCGCCUCGAGGAGGAGUCGAUCAAGGCCAAGAACGAGCGCGAGGGUAACGAGAGCAUGGUCCGUGACGUUGAGGAGAGUGUUCGUGACUUUGCCCGCGGUAUUGAGGACAGCCUCAAGGAAGGUACUCAGGAUGAGUCCAGCCAGCACGAAAAGCGGCGUUGGGAGGACGCUCUUGGCGUUGAGGAUGAUGUCCGCGACUUCAUUUUUGAUCUCCAGCGAGAAAGUCGCUCUGCCCGCGUCCGUACCCAGGACAAGCGCACUGCUCGCCCUUCAGCCCCUGUUGAGGAGACGCGACCUGAGCGUGUGGCCAGUCCUCGUGUGGACAGCCCGGUCUCGACGUCUCGCACCGGUAGCCCCGCCGCUUCCGGUGGCUCAUAUGCGGCUUACAAGACGCCCGAGGAGCGCGCUGCCUUUAUCAAGCAGCAAGCCGAGCAGCGUAUGGCUGAACGCCUGGCGGCCCUCGGCAUCAAGGCGCCAUCGAAGCCCGGCGAGAGCGCUGCGCAGCGCGCGGAGCGAGAGCGGGCUGAGCGGGCAGCAAAGAUGCGCGCUGCUGAAGAAGAGGACGCACGCCGCGAGCAAGAGCGCCAGGCUCGUCUUGCUGAGGAGCAGGGCAUCCCGCCUCCUGCCGCGGAGCCUGAAGCCGCCAAGGCCUCUGCGAAGAAGCCCCCUCCGCCUCCUACUCGCAAGGGAGGGGCGGCGCCCAAGGCCGAGGAGGACGACGCGGCGAUCAAAGCCGCCGAAGAGCAGCGCCUUGCUCAAGCACAAGAACAGCAACAGCGCGAGACGCAGCAAUUGGAGGACGACGUCAAGGAUGAGGAGGACGAAUUCGCCAAGGAGCAGAGAGAGGCCGAUGCUCGCCUCAAGGCACUCGAAGAGCAGGUCAAGCAAGGUAAACUGCGCAAGGAAGAGGAGAAGAAGAGGAAGAAGGCCGCCAUGGCCGAGGCCAAGGACAAGGAAGCCAAGCUGGCAGCCCGUCGUGCUGAGAUCGAGGCAGCCAGGCAGCGCGAGCUCGAGCUGCAGCGACAGCUGGAAGCCAUGAACGACGAUUCGGACUCAUCGUCUGACGAUGAAGGUCCUCAGCAGAUCACCCCUCAGGCCUCGACCCCGACCAUGGGUGGCAGUCAAGCUGCCAGCCAGGAGCUUGAGCGCAAGGUCGCGUCGCCGCCUACGACCGCUGCCGAUGCUGCUCCCGCUGCCACUGUUCCCUCGGUCGUGACAUCGCCUCCGGCCGAGACGGAGAGCAAGAACCCCUACUUCAAGAUGAUGUCCCAGGCACCCGAGACGACAUCUCCUGUCGCUGCUCCAUCGGCGCCCGCAGAUCCUUCAGCACCAGCGCCUCCUGCUCCGGACGCUUCUACAAAUCCGUUCCACCGCAUGAAGCAGGAACCUCACCCAGCACCCACUCCUGUGUCCAGGAAGCGUGCUGAUUCCGAUGAUUGGGGCUCUGACAAGGAAGAAGACAGCUCCGACGACGAGGACGAUCGUCCUGGAGGCGGCAACGCUGCUCAACUCGCGUCCAUCCUGUUCGGCACAAUGGCCCCCCCGCGACCGUUGUCUGCUGCUGGCAGGGACUCUUCGCCCGCCACACCUGCUCAGGAUACACCGAUUGCUGCACCUCCUCCACCACCUUCUGCUGGUGAUGCUCCCGCUGCACCACCACCGCCUCCUCCGAUGCCUGCUGGCGAUGCGCCUUCUGGGCCACCACCACCGCCUCCUCCCAUGCCCGGAUCAGACGCUCCCAGCGCACCACCCCCUCCUCCCCCUCCUAUGCCUGGCAUGGCCUCUCCUGGUGGCCCUCCACCGCCACCUCCCCCUGGCGGUCCUCCUGGGCCGCCUCCCCCUCCUCCGGGAGGCGCGCCUCCACCACCUGCGGCCGGUGGUGGCCGGCCAGCUGGCUUCCUCGGGGAGAUUCAAGCAGGCAAGUCCCUUAAGAAGACAAAGACCAAGGACACCAGCGCUGCUGCCGUUGCUGGUCGCGUCCUGUAG